AAUGACGUAGCAAAAACUGAUACAAACCUCAGAGAGGCUUCUGUCGGUGACAGCUCGAUCUUGUGGCGUUGUCGGAAUGGGCGCCUCAAACUAUCGUAAUUUUCUACGCUUUUUGCUAAAAACUGUCCUAGUAUUCUGCUGCACAUGCGGGCUCUCUGUCGGCUCGGAGCUGAGCUUUGUCACAUGCGGAUCGGUCAUUAAACUUUUGAAUGUAAAGCACAACGUCAGACUGCACUCUCACGAUGUUCGCUACGGGUCCGGCAGCGGGCAGCAGUCCGUAACAGGCGUCACUGCUGUGGAGGACAGCAACAGCUACUGGAGCAUCCGUGGGACGAGCGACGCUUCGUGCGCUCGGGGGACAGCAGUGAAGUGCGGGCAGGCGAUUCGCCUGACUCACGUGAACACGGGCCGCAACCUGCACAGCCACUACUUUGCCUCGCCGCUGUCCUCCAACCAGGAGGUGAGUGCAUUUGGUGAAGAAGGAGAGGGGGACCACCUUGACGAGUGGACAGUUCAAUGCGGCGGAUCCGUGUGGAAGCGCGAGGAAUCCGUCCGCUUCCGCCAUAAAUCCACAGAUGCCCUGCUGUCGGUGACGGGGGAGCAGUACGGGCGGCCCAUCCACGGGCAGAUGGAGGUCCAUGCCAUGUCGACUCCCAGCCAGCACAGCUUGUGGAAGGUGAUGGAGGGCAUCUUCCUGAAGCCCAGCGAGAGCCCAGCGGGCAGCCGGGACUACGGUCACAUACACACAGAGUUCUGAACUUCACGUUUCUUCUCAGCAGCUGCCUCCUCCCUUUUCAUCCCCAGCCACAUCUGUACCAGCGGCCGCCUUCACUACCCCGAAAUGUUUGAGCCCGUGGAUAUUCACAUCAAAACUUGAACCCCUAAAGAUCCGGCAGCUACAAUAAUUUGGAAGAAAAUGCGUAAACUAGAUACAAAAACAACAAUUACACAGAUUACAUCUUUCUCCAUGCUCUUCUCAUUUUAAGCUUGGGGUCCAAAAAUAAAGUUUCUUCUCAGUUUCUUGUCACUCUGCAGCUCAGGAAGCUUUCUUGGUGCACAUAUUCACACAAAGUGAACAUUGUGUUCAUUGGUCUAAAAGUAUAUGUACUGUUACACCUGUGCCUUAAUCUGCCAAUAAAAGAUUUGGGUGUUUUAAAUGCAAUGAAAGCAUUUUAUACUUUCAUUGCAUUUUAGGCCAUGGUCCUCCUGAUUAAAGCUUAAACUGUGUUGCUAUAAAAAAAAUAAAAAACUUUGUUUUUCUUUAUGUUUUGGUGCUGCCUAUAAAUUAUUCCACAUUAAUAAUUAAUGUGAAAGAAUAAACAAUUGCUUUAGAUGAAGAGUUUGUUACAUGUCAGUAUUCAGUGGGUACCUAAGUCUUGGGAAAGUGCCGUGUUGCAAACACAGAUGUGUUCCUAGAGUUCGUUAGUUACAAUGUUAAAACAUCAAACUGACAAGGAAUACCUCGUAAUAAAGAGUUUUUUUUUAUGCAAACAGUCUUCAGAGUGACUUUUUUGUUCCUUAAUUUGAUGUCAAGCAGUUUUCAUCACCACAUAAAUCCCUUAAUUAAUAAAGGAUUUGCCAGUAAGGCAAGCUGCUAAUGCCUGACUGGACCAUUAAA